AUGAUUGAGCAGCUUUUUCCCGUUGAGAAGUCAACCGUUGACCUCACUGCAUCCAACUUCCAAGCGAAUCGUCAAGCAUGGGAGCCGGUUUUGCAAGAAUUUGACAGUUAUCUGAAAGAUGUGUCCUCGGAAGGGGAUGAGGCUUCCACAUUGAGACACCAAACGAGACACCAACUGCUGCCACGAGACAGGAUUGCGUUACUGCUCGAUGCAGACUCGCCGUUUCUUGAGUUAGGAUGCUUCGCGGGGUUCAGGAUCUCCGGGUCUAACUCCUGCGCAAAUAUCAUUGCAGGUAUCGGCCUUGUUAGUCAACGGCCAUGCCUUCUUAUGUCGCAUAUCCCAACGCAGAGUGGAGGAGCUUGGAACGAGAUGACAGUCCUCAAGGUCAACCGUAUACUUGAAAUAGGAUUCGAGAACGAUCUGCCUCUAAUCUCACUGGUUCAGUCGGCCGGUGUUUUCUUACCUCAACAGUUUCGAGUCUUCCAUAAAGGUGGCCAACUCUUUCGUGAUCUAGCGAUACGAUCUCAGCAAGGCAAACCUUCGUGUGCCAUUGUCUUUGGCUCCUCAACUGCUGGAGGCGCCUAUCAUCCUGCGCUUUCUGAUUACACCAUUUUCGUGGAGAAUCAGGCUCAAGUGUUUCUGGGAGGACCUCCACUAGUGAAGAUGGCCACUUCCGAGGUGGUCACUGCCGAAGAGCUGGGCGGGGCCAAGAUUCAUGCAUCAACAACCGGACUGGCUGAUCAGAUCGCGAUGGACGAGUUUGAUGCUAUUCAGAAAGCUCGCGAAUGGGUUGCAACACUUCGCACCUCGGAGCCCAGUCGCCUACUCCCUAAUACGUCAGACCCUGUACCUCCUCGGUAUUCUAUCGAUGAUCUCCUCUAUCUGGUGAACACCGACAUUCGUAAACCAUUCGACAUGCGCGAGGUGUUGCUCCGACUUGUUGAUGACUCCAGAAUGGCUAUCUUCAAGCCGAGCUACGGAACGAAUAUGCUGACGGCUUGGGCGGACAUCCUCGGGUUUCGUGCUGGCAUUGUGGCGAACCAGACUCCUGUGAUCCAUCCACACGAGGCUCUCAAAGUCGCGCAGUUUAUUCGGCUUUGCAACCAGGAAAAUACGCCAAUCAUUUUCCUCCACAAUGUCACUGGCUUCAUGGUAGGUACUAAAGCAGAGCAUUCUGGAAUCAUCAAAGCAGGCGCACAACUUGUGUCCGCGGUAAGCUGCUCAACGGUCCCUCAUAUUAGCAUCAUCCUUGGAGCAUCUUACGGAGCCGGCAACUACGCCAUGUGCGGCCGAUCAUACCGCCCAAGAUUCCUCUUCACGUGGCCGACGGGGCGAUGCAGUGUCAUGGGCCCAGAUCAGCUUGCAGGUGUUGUAGAAACCAUCAGAACCAAGUCAAAUGGCGGUAGCAAGCUCUCCCCAGAGCAGAUCAAAGCCCAGGCAGCGCAGUUACGGGAGGAUGCGUACAGAGAUUCGACGAGCUAUGCAACCAGCUCGAUGCUUAUCGAUGAUGGUAUCAUUGACCCGAGGGACACUCGUGAUGUUCUUGGAAUGUGCUUGGAGAUUGUGGGGUUGUCUGGCCAAAAGAGUGCUGAAUCACAUCGUUUCCUAGCAAGAAUUUGA